AUGGCUUCAGGACAGGACAGAGACAAAGGAACGGAUCGCGAUAAGGAGAGGGAUAAAGAUAAGGAUAAGGAUAAGAAUGCAAUUAGUGUCAACUGCAAGGCCGCCACCACCGCCGACACCAGUGGGACGAGCUCUGGAAGUGGUUGCCCGAGUGGCAGUCGAGCCAGCCAAUCGCAUAGUUCACAAGGGGCUAUGAACCAGGAUGCACCGAACAUUUUAGUAUAUAAAAAGAUGGAAGCCAUAGUCGAACGCAUGCAGAGCGAGGAGGGUGGCGUUUCGGUGCGCACCAUCAAGGCUUUCAUGAGCAAAGUACCGUCCGUAUUUACUGGAGCCGAUUUGAUUACGUGGAUUAUGAAGAAUCUAUGCAUCGAGGAGGUGGCCGAAGCGUUACAUAUAGCGCAUCUGCUCGCGUCCCAUGGGUAUCUCUUUCCGAUCGAUGACCACCAGCUUACGGUGAAGAACGAUGGGACAUUCUACCGCUUUCAGACGCCAUACUUUUGGCCUUCGAACUGUUGGGAGCCGGAAAACACCGACUACGCGGUAUACCUCUGCAAACGCACGAUGCAGAACAAAACCCGCCUAGAAUUGGCGGAUUACGAAGCGGAAAAUCUGGCCAAACUGCAGAAAAUGUUCUCUCGAAAAUGGGAGUUCAUUUUUAUGCAAGCCGAAGCCCAAAGCAAGGUGGACAAAAAACGUGAUAAGUUGGAACGAAAGGUGCUUGACUCACAGGAACGAGCUUUUUGGGAUGUGCACCGUCCUAUGCCGGGUUGCGUCAAUACAACCGAGGUCGAUAUUAAGAAAGCAUACCGCCGUGGUGCGUCCACACAUGGUUCCGGCUCGUCCGGCGCGGCCGUCAAUAGCAAUCCAAUCGAGCAACUCACUAGACAAAUUAAGCUUCUGAAACUCAAGCUAGAACGUAGAACAAUUAAGAUCUCCAAAGUAGCCGAAUCAUAUAUUUCAUAUUUUGAACAGUAUCAUGAGUAUGAUUAUUUUCUCACAACGCCUGAUCAGCCAAAUCCAUGGAUCACCGACAAUAUUGAAAUGUGGGAUGCUGAUCGAACUGCCAAAGACGUUUCGCUGAAGCGCGUCAAGCGAUGGGGCUUCAGUUUACGCGAGCUUCUAAUCGAUCCGGUUGGAAGGGAACAAUUUUCCAAAUUUCUCGAUAAAGAGUUCAGCGGAGAAAAUUUAAAGUUUUGGGAAUCAGUUCAGAGUAUGAAGGCACAGCCGCAGUCCAAGGUGAAAGAAGCGGCGCACGCCAUCUAUCUGGAGUUUUUGGCUCCGGAUGCGCCUUGUCCGGUGAACGUCGAUUCGAAGUCCAUGGAAUUGGCCAGGGAAGCGGUCAGCAGCUCGGCACCGCCGAAUCGGUGGUGCUUCGACGUUGCUGCCGCUCACGUGUAUCAUUUGAUGAAAAGCGAUUCAUAUUCGCGAUACUUGCGGUCCGACAUGUACAAGGAAUAUCUGAGCGGGUCCAAGAAGAAAAUUAAAUCAAUACCGAAUCUGUUCGGCGUCAAGCGUUAA